AUGACGAAUGCGGUAAAACCACUCUCAUUGCGCGCCUGCAAGGAUGAAGACAGGGAUGAUCAAACAAACUUAAAUGUGUGGAUUCUGGAUGGUAACCCUAUUCAUAGCCAUCUGUUGAAAUUCGCUAUCAACGAGGAAUCAUUCGGAGAUUGCUAUAUUAUGAUAUGUGUGAGUAUGGCGAGACCAUGGGACAUUGUUGACAACCUGAAGAAAUGGGCUAGUAUUCUGGAAGAACACAUCCGUCGUCUAAGCAUUCCAGAGGAAAAUAUUUGUGAAUACAAAACUAGUGUCUUUCAUCACUUCUGUAAUUACCUGGAGCCAGAUGUUACUCCCAGUCUAUCUACUGUUCACCAAUCUGAUGCAUUACCAGUAGAUAUGCAUAGGAAGUUAUACAAAAUGCAUCCUGCGUCGGCCUUUCUGUUGUCUAAUACCCUCGACUCAUCAACGCCACCUGCAAAGGAUGUUGAACCAGUCAAUAUCACAGUGAAGUCAAGUCGUGAUGGGAAUACUUUAUGCAAUAAUUUGGGGGUCCCAUUAGUUGUGGUUGUGACAAAGACUGAUACCAUGAGCACUUUGGAAAAAGAACAUCAGUUAACAGAGGAACAUUUUGACUUCAUUCAGAUGCAUGUUCGCCGUUUCUGUUUAUCAUGUAAGUAUUCAAGCAUAUUGUUACUCGUCGGUAAUUACUUAUCUUGAUAUACCAGACUUCAUCGGCUCAUUGUUAGCUUCGUCCUCAAAGUAGUCUCUAUAUCUAUGUUAUUAUUUACAUAUCUUGUCGUUCACUUUUAUGAUUACAUUAUAUUCUUUGAUCGUUUUUUAAUAAUUGAGUUUUGAAAGCUUGUUUCGGCGUUGAUUUUGCUACCGGAUAGCACCAAAACACUAUCAUGUAUACAUAUUCAAAAUGUAUGAGUCUGUAAUGCAGCGCAGGUUUACUGGAAACUUCGAAACCAAUUGGUCAGUUGCUCAUGACUACUGUCGAACCUCUUCCACCCUUAUGUCAUUCUCUCUUCAAUAUUUUACCAACUCACAAUAUCCCUUAGUUCACAGUACAUUUCAUUAGUUUCACGUAUGCGUUCGUCUGCAUGAACUGCUUUUUGUGAGCUGCGGUAAAAAUUUUGUUCCGUGACUUUCGUUUUUUUGCUACCACAAAAGUUGGCUUUUUAGUUUGAACAGUCAUCUACAAUUUCAAUUGUAUAGUAUUGUCAACAAACUUAUCAGCAAAAUCUGAACAUUGUUGGACCAUAAUUCCCCAAUAUGUAGAGCCUAGAGAAGCUAUCAAAAAGAAGAUUCUUUGUUCACUCAAAUGCCUUUUGAAUUUCAGCAGUAUUGGUAGUUUAGUCUAUCGAUAUCCAAACCAAUUUGGGAUUUGAUGGUUUGGAAAGUUCAAACAUUGAGUGAAUGAUAUUCGUUUCUUUGGAAUUUGGAUUUCCCAAUGAAUCUAAAAAGAAACAAAUUGGUUUCAGCUGAGACCAGGGAAAAUUACGUUCUAUUCCCUAUAUAUUCCUAUAUAAGCUUGGAUAUUGUAAACUCAGGUUUACUAUAACUUCGAUAACGCUAUUAGUACUAAAUAGCGAAACGUCAGUUGACACCAGUUUGUUUCUUUUUACAUUCAU